AUGGCAACCGAUGCUAACCAAAAGGUUUUGCCUCUCGCCUUCGCUGUUGUGAACAAGGAGUCAGGGGCUAGUUGGAGGUGGUUUUUAGAGUGUCUCAGGACUUCCAUAGAGCAUGUCAUACCUAACGAUGGCAUUUGUAUUAUUUCUGACCGACACAAAGGUAUCAAAUGUGCCAUUCGAGAGUGGCCUAGACGUGAGGACGGAAGAGAACAGGUAUAUCACCGAUAUUGCCUUCGACAUGUUGCUAGCAACUUCAACAGACACUUUGAUAACCCGAUUCUAAAGGCAUUGGCCUUGAAAGCUGGAUAUGCGAGUAAUGAAGCUAAAUUUAAGUCCAUAAUGCAAACCAUUAAGGAGGCUGAGAUUAAUUUACUGAGGGGUGUAGACCCUACUGAUACGCGGAUUGAACGUUAUAUGCCAUACACAUAUCUAGUGAGUGAGGAUGUGGAGAAAUGGACCCAGUCACAUGAUGGUGGAAGACGUUAUGGGGCAAUGACAACCAAUAUCUCCGAGUGCUUUAAUGGGGUACUUAAAGGUGCCCGCGGUUUGCCCAUUGCUGCAAUGGUUCAUUUCACUUGGUGCAAACUUGUUGCAUAUUUCCACGAUCGACAUAAACAAAUUACUUCUGAUCUCUCUCGAGAUAAGGUGUGGAGUGAUUAUGCAAUGGAGAUCUAUAGCAGAAAUGAGCAGAAAAUUGCAGGACACACUGUGAGGAAUUUUAAUCAUGCAGAGGGUGUAUAUCAGGUGGUUACCCCGUACAAUGACCAUAGAGGUGGAGGGGGAAACCACAGUCAUGAAGUGCGCAUAUUUGCUAGAACAUGUGGUUGCAGAAAGUGGCAAAACUUGAAGAUCCCUUGUUCACAUGCAAUUAAAGUUCUUCAAGAUCUGCAUCUCAAUGCGACCAACUAUAUUGACCCAUGUUACAGUUUGAACAACGCCAUUCUCACAUAUUCACAUAAUUUUGUGGUACCAAAGUCAGAGUCUGAGUGGAGGGACAUUUCCGGACCACGAUGGGUGCCUGACCCACUGCUGUUGCGGGGCAUAGGUCGUCCUGUGAAGUCAAGAAUAAGGAAUGAAAUGGAUGGGGUACAGCGAGAACGGGGAAGCCGGAGGGAAGAUCCAGACUUGAGGGAGACUCAACCGAGGCAACGAUGCGGAGUGUGUCAUCAAGAGGGGCAUAACCGUAGAAGUUGUCCCAAUUCCCGUGGGGCAUCGACAAGUGGUACUGCUAUAAACUAG